GAUGGGGUCCAAGUGAGGAAAACCUCUGAGCGAGAGGGGCCAGUCACAAGUACGAAGCCAUGGCGAGCCAAGGAGGGGAACAUGCUCUACAGCCGCUUUGUGAAGGCAGCUACCCUGAUAUCUGGCACAGAGGAGCCUAUGAACCCCAUGUCCUCCGUAGAACAGGAGGAGGAGAAACUGGACCUCGCCACAGCAAGGAGGCUGACUGACCAGGAGCUGUUCCAGGCCUGUGGGGGAAGAACAGUCCACAAGGGUGCUCGGCAUGGCAUCACGAUGAGGGCAAAGCUCGCCCGGCUGGAAGAGCAGGAAAAGGCUUUCUUGGCUAGCUCUGUCCAGUGGAAGGACGGGCCGGGGACGGCCCCCAGCAGCUGCCCUGACCCGCAAGCCAAGAAACGCAAAAGAAGCAAAGCGGGGGCUGCUACAGAGAAGAGCCAGGUGGGGGAGGACUGCCUCAAGGCCAAGCCCAAGAAGAAGAAGAAGAAGAAGACGAAGACCAAUGGCAAGGAGCUGAAUGGGCCCUAGGGAGACGGCAGGCCAAGCGUGGCAGCCAGAGGAGCAGAACGGCUGGGAGCUUCAACCCUGCUCGAGCUGCACUUGUGCACUUGUCCAACAAAGGACUGGCUCAUCUCCUUCACUAAGGAGUGCGUUACGUUGAAAAUUGUACAGAUAAAUUAUUUUUACAUAAAU